AUGAAAGUUGAUGCUCAUGCUUUGUAUAAAACUGAAUAUUACCCUAUUUUCGCAGUAUUGUUCGCGUUUGUCGCAAUAUCAAACGUCAUUUCAAUUUUAUAUUAUAUUUUCAAUUUAUAUGUAACUAUCCGAGUGAAGCAUUACAAAAAUAACAUUAAAAUUCUUCAUCAAGCUAUUUAUGCGACAUGUCCGUUUAGUUCAGCUUAUAUUAUAAUUGAUAAUGUCUGUGGAAUUUUUGAAAAAAGAGAAGAACUUCGAUUGCUGCCACCAUCUUAUUUUAUGUUUCGUGCAUUUAUAAAAUCCCCUCCUCUUUUUGCACUGACUGCAAUAAUGUUGGAGCGUCUUUGCGCAACAUAUUAUGUGAAGGAUUAUGAGAAAAAUCAGCGGCCAAUCAUUCCAUUUUUGAUAAUAAUUUUUCUAAUAAUACUAUCCUUUAUAGCAUCAACUGUCUUUACUUCUGUUGGUAUGGUGUUAUAUUUUGGUGUCUGUCAUUUCUCAUUUAUUUUUGUAUGCUACAUUGUCUCAGUAAUAACGUAUCGAACAAAUCGAAGGUAUUACUAUAAUAAUCGUGUAGACCAACAUUCAUAUUCAUUGGGAGAACGAUAUCAAAUUUCUGAAAAUCUUCGGCUUUACAUGUUUUUCUCGCACUACCUUUUCGUAAUGGCUGUUUUCCCCAUCAUUUGUACCUUAACCAUUGUCCUCGACUCUUUCAAUUCAAAUUUUUUGUUACGAGAAAUUUAUCAAAUUAUUUUUGAUUUAAGUUUCACAUUAUUAUGCUUCCUUGCUCCUUACCUGACAUACAAAAUGAGUGAAGCAUGGCAAAAUGAGCUUCAUAGAAUAUAUGUCAAGAUAGGGUUGAGAAAACCGAACAAAAUUCAAAGUGUUCGAUAUAGUUCGAGGAAAUUGAAAGGGACAUUUGGAGAGGAUAUUAAUGUGGAAAUGAAUUAGCACACUGAUGUAUAUUUUAAUCAAUUGAAAGCUUCAUGGGAUGAUUUAUCAUCGAAUGCUGUCAAAGAUACAGUUAGAAAUUUAAAUUGAAUUGUAUUUCUCUGAUUUUCAAUGGUUUUUCUUUGUUUUUUAUUCUAAAAGUUUUUCAAUAUAACGUUGUAUUUAUAGCACCAUAUGUAUGAAACUUUGGCGAAU